CUCUCUUUCUCUUUUUUGGCCCCUUUUCUUUUUCUUUCUUUGGGGCUACAGGACAAGAAAAUGGAUAGCAGUGAUAUCGAUUACCUGUAAGCUGCCGACUGAUUACAAACUGCCUCGACCUUCAUAAGAAACUGACUUCUGUAUUGUUUACGCUGUACAUGGCUUUCGAUUUCUAAAAGUACAUUGCUAAAAUGUAUAUCCCCGUUAGUGAUUCUUUUACUUGGUGUUCUGUACAUCGGGUAUAAACGCCGUUACGAUCCCGAAACAGUUGCUUCACAUCUGCCACCCUGCAGGACAACAGCGACGAAACAUCUGUCAACAACAGCAAUAACAACAUCGACAGACACCCAACACAUGAAUUACCACAAAAACCUACAAAUGAUGUUGAGCGGGAUACCGGUGCUUGGCUGGAUUUAUCAUUUGCUAUCUCUUCAAGAGCUAUUCGAGUCCAUACGAUGCGUAACAUAUUUUAUCGCCUGGGUGCUUAUUGUGUUGACGAUCGCUGUCUCGCCUCCAUAUUACGCGUAUAGUGCAAGACAUUAUAUAUACUUCUUUGUAUACGCUUACGGUUACUUGUCAGCAGAUACUGGAUAUCACCUCUAUCAUAUCGGUCUUGAAAACAGUAUAUGGGAAAAUGUGCACUUUGGGUUGUGCUUGAUUCUAUUUGUUAUUGCUGGAACUACUCCGCAACCAGUUCACCCCUUGAACCUGAACGAAUGUGUUUGCAUUAAGGUAUGUAUCAAUGGUCACAAGACACGGCAUACUCCAGAAGCCUCCGCAAGCCUGUUCUCUUGGGCUGUGUUUCAAUGGAUUAAUCCACUAGUUCGAUAUGGAUUCUCAAAUCAGAUUACUCGCGAAGACCUAUAUCCACUCACCUUCCAACAUCGUGCAAAAAUUGCAUACGAAGAUUACACAUCAGCGUCGAAACGAGGAAUACGAGCACUAUAUCGUCUAUACAAAGCCAACGAGCGAUCUAUUUGGCUACAGAUUAUAUUCUCAAAUGCGGCUGUUCUACUAUCCUAUUUAAAUCCAUACUUUCAACAAAAGUUCCUGGAAUAUAUCGAGAAAAAAGAUUCACCAAUUCGCGUUGCGUAUGGAUACGUAUUGAUGAUGUUCUUGGCAGCUCUCGUACAAACACUUUGCAAUAGUAUCCAGUUGUGGGCAGGUCGACGAUGGAAUGUCAGAACGCUGUGCAUGCUAGACGCCGAUAUUUAUGCCAAGGCGUUGAGGCGCAAAGACACACAUCCUGCACCGGCAUCACAGAAGCAGGAUGAUGAUAAAGAAUACAAAACGAAUAACAGCAGCAAAGGAGAAGAUAAUAACGAUGGAGCUGGCAAGAUUACAAACCUGAUGAGCCUAGAUGCAAACCACAUAGCAGAAUUACCGGCGUACAUAUUUAUGUUCUACAAUGCACCAGUUGAGAUCAUCAUUGCGAUGGUGUACCUUUACCAUCUACUCGGAACAGCGGCGAUCGUGGGACUAGCUGUUCUGAUUCUUUUCUUCCCAAUGACAUAUGUUUUGGUCAACAAAAUCCGAAAAGCUUAUAUGAAUAUAUCCAAUGCAGAGGAUCGUAGGAACAAUUUACUGAACGAGUUCUUACAAGGAAUCCGCAUCAUUAAAUAUGCAGCAUGGGAAACGAAUUGGCAAGCAAAGAUUAUGCGUGCAAGAGAAGUCGAACUGGAACAAAUUCGGCAGACAAAUAUACUUGAGGUUAUUAUGAAUGUAGGCUAUUUGACGGUACCAGUGCUAGUGUCAGCCUGCUCAUUCGUCUGGUAUGUCAAGGUAUCUCAACGCGAAUUAUCGGCAAGUGUGGUAUUUGUCAGUAUCACUUUGUUUGAUAUGCUGCGAAGCCCUCUUUUGUUGUUGCCGGAUGCUUUAGCCUCAUUUACCCAAGCAUACGUUAGCCUAAAGCGCAUUACCACGUAUAUGGACGAUCAAGAAAUACAGCUGAAUACCGCAGAUGACACGUCAUCACCUUCAGGACGCGUAGGAUUUGAAUCUUCAAUAUUCCAAUGGCCCGACAACAUCAAAAGAACGUCAGAAUCGCAAGCAAACGAUCAGCAACCUACCAGAAUCAGCAGUAACGAAAACUCGCCUUUACUGGAAGUAACAAACAGUAUUACCAAAUAUGUCGAUCCCUCACUGACUGAUAAGCAACAAACGUUCCGCCUCGAUAUACCAUCUGCGUUUGAUUUUCCUACAGGGCAGCUUAGCCUUAUAUAUGGUCCUACUGGGGCAGGAAAGUCCUCACUUUUAAACGCACUAUUGGGAGAAAUGGACACGAUAAACGGGAAGGCAUAUUUAGCAAUAACCAGAUCACCCUUAACAACGGAUAUCGCUGCUAUUCCUACGACAACGACCACACACGACCAUUACACUUUUUCCAAUUGCGUCGCAUAUGCUGCACAACAGCCAUUUUUACUUCAGGCAACAAUACGCGAGAAUAUUCUGUUUGGUCAGCCCUAUGAAGCUGAGCGGUAUGAAAAGGUGCUUUGGCAAUGCGCACUCGUCAAAGACUUAUCGAUUCUACCUGACGGCGAUUAUACCGAAAUUGGAGAAAAGGGCAUUUCGCUUUCUGGAGGCCAAAAGCAGAGAGUGUCACUCGCGCGUGUCGUGUUUUCGUACUCAAGGAUUGCGUUACUGGACGAUUGCCUUAGCGCUGUCGACUCGCAUACUGCACGUCAUAUUUUUGAGCACUGCAUUAGAGGCGAUCUUUUACAAGGACGUACGAUCAUCAUGGUGACACACCAUAUCCAACUGUGUAUGCCCGCAGCAAAAUUUCUUGUUCGGCUCGAAAUGGGUGGCAAGGUCGCUGCGUUUGGCUCUGUCGAAGAGCUACAACAGUCCGACAAAUUGAUUGAGACCAACUCUAUUGUAGAGCAACAUCCAAAAACGCAUGAUGACAACGACGGAGUUGUAGAAGCGACCGAUAAAAGCAAAUUAGCAGUAGAGCAAACAAAAACAGCCACAACAUCUGCCGGUAAACUGAUACAAGAUGAACACUCAGAAAAAGGCCAAGUCAAGGCCAAAGUUUAUUUGACGUAUUUGCGCGCCUGUGGAGGUUGGCUAUUUUGGAUCGCGCUAGCUGUUUUCUUUUCUUCUUCAAGGACUUUGGCUUUUGCAGAAAAUUGGUGGCUGAGAGUCUGGGCAGCAGCAUAUUCAUCCAAGAGCAGUCGAGAAACGCCUUUGGUAGUCACUUUAUAUAUGUGUCAGCGUCAGGACACCUCUUCUGCUGCCAAUGUUGGGCUCCAGACUCACGAAUCUAUCGCGUCGAUAAUGAGAACUUCUCCAGGCGAUGAAGAAAACGGCGCAGUUGAUGUAGAUUACUACAUUGCUGUUUAUCUUUUACUCUGCUUAGCAUUUGUUGUCUCGGAUGCUCUACGGAAUAUUUUGCUUUACUGGGGUUCCCUCCGUGGUGCCAAAAUUUUAUUCGUGGAACUAAUCGAUCGCAUUGCCCACGCUCCUUUACGUUUCUUCGACACGACUCCCUGUGGCAGAAUCCUUAAUCGCUUUGGAGCUGAUAUGGCCGUAGUCGAUAAGCAAGUGGCAAGAAGAGCCGGGAUGCUGUUUGAAUGCCUCACAGGAAUGGUAGCUUCAUCCAUCAUCAUCAGCGUGAUAACACCGCAAUUUAUUUUUGUUGCGCUUGUAACUGCCUGUAUAUACUUUAUGAUUGGGCUACACUAUCUACGGGCAUCACGGGAGCUGAAGCGCUUGAACUCGGUCAAUCGGUCUCCUAUCUAUUCGCUUUUCACAGAAACGCUUUCUGGGGUGACAACGAUCCGGGCCUUUGGACAGCAGCAUCAAUUUUUAUCGUCAAUGUACGACAAGAUUGAUACGUAUCUUACACCCUACUACCUCCUCUGGAUGGUCAAUCGCUGGCUGCUUGUACGCAUGGAUGCCGUUGGCGCACUCAUGACGUUGGGUGCCGGUGUACUUAUCCUUCAAAAUCUCGAUUCCAUAGAUGCUGGAAUGGCUGGAAUCUCCCUCGUAUAUGCACGCAUGUUUUUAACUAACGUGUUUUGGAUGAUGCGACAAUACACCGAAGUGGAAAUCAGCAUGAAUUCUGUUGAGCGGAUACAAGAAUAUCUCGAAGUAGAACAAGAACCGCGCAACCAGCCAAAACCUCUCAAGCAUUGGCCAACCACUUCUGCACUCAAAAUAAGCGACCUCCAAAUCCGAUACGCACCACACCUUGAUCCGGUCUUGCAUGGUGUAUCGUUUGAGGUCAAGGACAAAGAAAAGAUCGGGAUUGUUGGCAGAACGGGAUCCGGAAAAUCGACGCUUGCUCUCUCCCUGUUCCGAUUUCUGGAGCCAUCUAGUGGUCAGAUCAUAUUAGACGGGAUUAAUAUCUCCUCCGUCGACCUUGCUAGUCUGCGAUCAAGUUUGACCAUGAUACCUCAAGACGCAGCGCUAUUUUCUGGUAUAAUCCGAUCUAAUUUGGAUCCCUUCAACGAACACCCUGAUGAAGCACUCUGGACUGCUCUAGAGCGAGUUCACAUCCGAUCAAGAAUCCUCGGCCUCAACCAGACUGUUAGCGAUGGAGGACAAAACUUCUCGCAAGGUCAGCGGCAGUUGCUAUGUAUGGCACGAGCGCUUCUUCGAUCAAGCAGGCUGAUUGUCAUGGAUGAGGCUACAGCAAGCGUCGAUUUUGACAUGGAUGCCAAGAUACAACACACAAUUCGACAAGCUUUUGUAGAAUCGACACUCAUAUGUGUCGCACACAGAUUACGUACAGUGAUCGACUAUGAUCGAGUUCUCGUUAUGGACAAUGGUCGAGUGGUCGAAUACGAUACUCCUUGGAAUCUCCUAAAUCAAACCCCACCAAGUUAUUUCCGUGCAAUGUGCGAACAAUCAGGCGAACUGGAUACACUGAUAAAUAUGGCACGUCAAACCAACGACACUCUGCAACAGAUCAAACAGCCGAAUAUUUUAUAA